CAGACGCAGACGCUAGUAGACGGUGCUUGCGAACGGUAGUACGAAUAACGGUGAAGCUAUAGUACCAAUUGCGCGCGUAACGGAAUACGGAAUACGGAGCAGUGUAAAAGCGCAACAGCGCCUCCGAAAUAGCGUAAAUGAAAAGUAGUACACGCAGUGCUCAAUGAAUGAGAAUGAGACCCAGUCGACAGGACCCAAGAAGACGAUGUUGAUUGAGUGCAUUUCGCGUGACAUUCCCUGAAAGAUUCUUCAGAAGCGCCUAGAUUAAAAUAAGUAAAGGCUAUAAAAAGCUAUAAUAGUGUUUAGGAGGCAGCAGCACCCACAAAUGAACUUCAAUCCGGCCAGCGUUGUAGCCGCCGCAGCAGCAGCCGCCCACCAACAUCCCACUGCGCACCAUCAUCAUCAUCAUCAUCCUUAUUUAAGCCACCACCAGCCGUUGCAGCCCCUGCAGCAGCACCACUCCCAGCAGCAGCAGCAGCAGCAGCAACAGUCACAGCCACAGCAACAGCUGCUGAUUCCAUUGCCCGGCGGUGCUGGAGCCGGAAGCAUCCCAGCGGGCGGUGGCAGCGGCGGUGGUGACACAUCGCCCAAGAUCAUGGAGUGGACAAACGACGAUGCCCUGGAACUAAUCGAGCAGUAUCGCUGCCACACCGAACUAUGGAAUCGUGCCGAUCCCAAGUACAAGGAUAAGCUAUGCAGAUUCCGGGCCUGGUCAGAGAUUGCCGAACGCUUUGGCUGCAGCAAGGCGGAGGUCGAGCGGAAGAUGAACGUGCUCCUGACCCAAUAUCGGCGGGAGAAGCACAAGAUGUUCGUGAAGAUCUAUCAGGGCAUCCAGCCCAAUCCGUCCAAAUGGUAUGCCUUCAAGCGAUUCGAUUUCAUGGAAGCAGGCGGCGGAAGUCUCAGUGCCAGUGGCGGUGGUGUCUCAGGUGUUAACACCUCCGGUGGCAGUAAUCUGGUGCCCAACCCUGUAUCCUCGUCAGCAGCGGCUGCUGCUCACAAUGGGUUAAACGGCCUAGCAGCAGCUGCUGUGGCAGCAGCGGCCUACGAGAGUGGUACCAUAGCGGCGGCGGGCAACGGAGGAGCACCAGGUGUGGGUGGCGGAGGUGGAUCCGGAUCACAGCCCGCCAUGCAGCACAGACGCAUCAAGACCAAAGAGAUGAAAUAUUUCGGAACGAUGGGCCUCAAUAUCCCCAUGCUGAUAGCUAGUAGCCAGACGUUGGACAGCUGGAAUACGGCGGGUCAGUAUUCGCCUCCGAUAUCGGGUUCCGGCGGCGGUGGAUCCGACCGCGGAGGAAGUGGACCCCCGCCCCAGCAGCUGCGUGUGCCCCUGCCCAUGAGCUAUCAUGGCGUUGGGGGUGGAGGCGGAGGAGGAGGAGGAGGUGGCAGCAGCUCCAGCGAUUUCCAGCAGAGUCCGCUGAAAACGAUGGACACAUCGGACAAUGAGGACAACAAUAACACCAAGGAGGAUGUGGCGGCGGCAGCGGCCUUGGGGCAACUGGCGGCCAAGGUGGAGCGACGAUCACCGGCUAGCGGUGGUCCCGGUUCAGGACCUGGCGGCGGAGGUAGUGUGAUUGGAGGAGGAGGUGGUGGUUCCAGCAGUCGAGAGGCCAACGAUCAGCCCAGCGAUCCUUUGCGCUCCGAAAGGACUCUCAGCGAAGCUGGUAGCAGCCCCAUACCGAACACCAACAUGCACGAGGCGCACAAGAAUCACCUGCUUAACAGUCCCGCCGGUCCCGGAAGAGCAGCCACGCCAAGGCAAGCGCACGAGCAGCUGCAUCAUCAUCCACACACGCACCACCUCCAGCAGCAGCAGCAGCAGCAACAGCAGCAACAUGUCACGCAGCAGCUCCAUGCCCAUGGCCACGAUGAGCUGGACAUCAAGCAGGAGCUGGUGGACUAUUUUCAUGGCCAGGCAACUGGCGUAGCCCCGCCACCGCCACCCGAAUCCCAUCGCUCGUACAGUUCGGCGGGCGAGGAGAGCCGCCUGCAGCUGGUGGAUAUGGCCCAGGACCUGAGGGUGGCCCAGGCCAAGGCCAACUUUGGUUCCUUUGUCCUGCCGCCGCAGAAUAGCGGCGAUGCCAGUCAAACACCCGCCGUUGUUAUGCCGUUGAAUAUGCGUAAACUAACCAAUGCCUCCAGUGCGGCUGCGGCGGCGGGUCAUAUGCUAAUGAGCUCCCUGCUCGGCUCCAGGGAGAGCAUGUCCGAUGGCGAGGAACCGGAUCCGGAUAAUGAUGAGGCCACGGAAUCGGCCGCCAGUCCGGGGCAUAUCAAGAGCAGUGUUUCCGCCCAAGCGGCCGUGGCCGCCUCCGCCUUCUAUGCCGAGUCCCUAAAUCGGGACGACUGCGACUUUAUAGGAUCGAAUGUGUCCCUCAAGCUGCGGACCAUGGAUCGCACACAGCGUAUCAUUGCCGAGAAGCUGAUCAGCGAGGUGCUCUACUACGGGCAAUUCAAUGAGCUGGAACGCUCGGCCAGGAUCCAGCCCAAGUGACAGUGGCGCCUCAAAAAGUGGACGACGACGACUACAUCGGGUGCGGGAAUGGCAAUGGGAAUGAGAAUGGGUAUGGGAACAGGACUUGGCUUGGGCUUCGGUGUGGGUUUAAGCAAAAUCCGGCUGGCCGCACAGCAUGGCAAAUGAAGGCGACGCAAUUCCAUUUGAAAAUAGUCAAUACACAGAGAGAAAAAAAGAGAACAGAAACCAAUACAGAAAAAAAAAACACAGAGUACAACUUAUUUUUAGUUUUUUUGGCCAGGAAUCCACCGGGGUCACCAUUUUGUACAAAGCUUGGCAGAAAAAGGGGAGGCAGUGUUACUUAGGCGGAGAAAUGGGGAGGAGUAGAAGAUGGAGAAAGGUUGGAGAAAUGGUACUUACAAACAUAUAUGAGAGAGCUGGAGAAAGGAGGAGAGAGAUGACUAGAUGUGACUUGAAAGAAUUUGAAAUAAAAACAGGAAUGCUUAAGAACUUGUUUGAGAACUUAAAUCUAUUUUAAAAGCCCCUAAAAGUAGGCAAUAAAAACGAAAUUUGCUUUUCUAAAGUAUAGCAUGCUUUUUGAUUUAAAAUCUUAUUUGAAAAAAAGAAACAGAUUUUAAAGCUUUUUUUCACCAAGAUUCAAUUCUCGAAUAAAAGCAACUAUAAGUACAGAGAAUUGUAUCUUCCAGUUCAAAGAAUUCUUUUGGAUUAACUUAUACUUUCUUCCAUCUCAGCAUCUCUCUCCCAAUAUAUAAAAUAUUCAAGAAGCAACAACAAGAACAUAAACCAAAGUUACUUUCUAUUCUGCAUAAACAAACAGAGUUUCGUUUUUGUCCACAACUUCAAUAUUAAAGUACAUUAAAAUACAUAGAUACAUAGAUACAUAGAUAGGGUUAGACUGGGUCUGGGUCCUGAGACAUCUAACUAGCAGAAUCUCAGUAUUACUUAUAUAAAAAAUACACACAAUACGUACUACUACCGAGAAAUAGAACAAUAGAGAGCAAAGCAUUUGCCAUGUUUUAGAUAGAUUCUAAUUAGAAGAUUCGUUUUAUUGGGGGUAGAGAUCGAUCGUCCACUUCUAGGCGUUAUCUGAUUGCUGAUUGUUCCAGCUCUAUAUAAAUAUAUAUAUAUAUAUAGACCUCGCUCCUAUACAAAAUAUAUAAUAAAAUAGAGAGAAAAAAAAACACUAUUGUAAAGACAAGGAAAAAGCGGCUGCUAAAAAGUCAAGCUCCAAAAAUGUUGGGCAUUACUGUAAACUCGAAGUUCCCCUAGAAAGAUAAAUGGGAGUUGCGGGGGAAAGGCAAUUGUGCAAAACCUAUAUGUUUUCUAUAUAUAUAUGUAAAAAUGGAUACAAAUAUAUAUAUAUAUAUCAUUGUACCUUAUUUUGAAACAGAAAUGUUUUCUUAGUCACUUAAGUCUGGUCGUCGAAAAGUCCAACCAAAUCCAAACCCAACAACAACUGAAACCAACCAACCAACAAAGCAAAAACAAAACAAAGCAAAGCAAAUAUUAUACAAAAUACUGAUACUGUCGUCACUAGUUCGUUAAAGAAACAAAAAACAAAAAACCAACUACAACAAAAGCUAAAACAAAACAUUGUAUAUUUUUUGUGUUUACUUUUUAUUUAGGUCCUAAUGAUGAUUUUUGCAUAAUAUUUAAGUAGCUUUUAUUUUUAUAAAUAUAUGCAAAGCAAAGCAGAGCAAAAAAAAAACACAGAAAUAUUGAAUUAAUUUAUAUUGAAUAUAUAUAUACAUAUAUAAAUAUAUAUGUAAUAAAAAAUAUGGGCAAAUUAGUUAGUCACAUAAAACGAGAGAGAGAGGAGAGACAGCUCGGCUUUUUGCUGUUGGCUGCUGCGUUUUUUAGCCGUUAGUUUUUACCUUUUAGCCUAGAAAAAAUACAAAACAAACAACAACAAAAUGUCCAAAAACCGAAACACAAUAGUCAAGUGUAAAGAAAUAUAUAUAUAUUUAAUGGAAAAUUAUGCGUGUGUGUAUGUAUAAAUUAAUUGUCUGUAAAAUUAGCAAGAAUUGGGUGAUGUGACUAGAGAGAGAGAGAGAGAGAGAGUGUGCGUAUGGAAGGGAGCGUAAGCCGAAAUUCGUUUUUUAUGAAUGUUUAAACAGCAGCUAAAAAAAAAAAUUAAUAAAUGUGUGUACCUAUUUGUCUGACAAGCAUUGUAAAUGGCA